CGAAGGAAAAAUAACUCCAGCCAACCCACUCCGGCAUCCCUUGUCUCCGGCUGGAUCCCGGCGAUGGCCAGCCCCCCAGUCCGGAUCCCGGCGACACCCCGCUCUCACCUUCUCCCCGGCUGGAUCCCGGCGCCGUGCCCGCCCCCCAUCUUCUUCCCGGCCCCGCCCCGCCCCCACCUUCUUCCCUGCGCCGCCCCGCCCCCACCUUCUUCCCGGCGCCGUGCUCGCCCCCACCUUCUUCUUGGCGCUGCGCCCACCCCACCUUCUUCCCGGCGCCGCGCCCGCCCCCACCUUCUUCCCGGCGCCGCGCCCACCUCCCACCUUCUUCCCGGUGCCGCGCCCGCCCCCACCUUCUUCCCCGCGCCACCGCCUCCCUCCAGGGCGCCGCCCUCCGCGCCGCCUACCUCCCCUGCAUCGCCGGCCACCGCCUCCCUCCCUGCACUAAUGGCCGCCAAAUCCCUCCCCCGCACCAACAGCCGCCGCAUCCCUUCCAUGCACCAACGGCCGCUCCAUCUCUCCCCCGCACCGAUGGCCGUUGUAUCCCUCCCCGUGCAGACGGUUGCUGCAAGCUCCUCCCGCUCAUGGCCGCCGCAACCUCCUCCCGGACGCCAACCUCCACCCCGCCUUCCCCCUCCGUUCUCCCUCACGCUCGGGGGCCGGCCAUCGUUCUUCCACGAGCGCAGCACCUCGAUCCACGGCCGGCCGACCUCCCUCGUCCCGUUUGCUGGACGCCGUCCAUGUCGUAUCAUUUUUUCUGCAAGAAAACCAACUUGGACUUCGUUGACGGCCUUUGCACCAUUUUCAGCGCCAACAGCUCCUUCCUUUGCCAUUGAUACAUCCAUCGUCAUGUACUGAGUGUUCCUUUGCAAGUUCAAUUAGUGUCAUCGCAUAAGUUCAGAAGUUUGAUUUUGUGAAGAAGUAUGGAAAUUCUCAGUGCAAAUGUGGAAAACCAGAAAGUUCUAAUAAUGGUGUACCAAAAGUUCAAGGAUAGUAAUCCGGGGACGUGGGAGCAACUGCUGAUGGAGGCGGAGUCAAAAUCUUGUGACUGUCUGCUGCAGAUCUUCAGCAUGGACUUCGAUGAAGACACCUCUGAUGUUAAUGCGCUUCCGCAUUUUAAUAAAGAAGUUACAGAAUUUCAGUUCCUCGGUACUUAUAAGAUCUUCAGACGAUGACAGAGGAUGCCCAUGUGUACUGUGUACAAGCCAUCCAGCAUGUAUUAGGAUACAAUGGAAGAUUGGAUUUGGUUGUUGUUAAUUAGCAGCCACCUAAGCCUAGCAAUUGACCGUGGAGCACGUACUGGAUCCUUGACACGAUGCAAUUAGUCAUCAAUGUCGACGACUAAUUUAUUUUGUUUUGUACAAGUUAAAACAUCAGUGGCCAUAGGGAAGGAGACCUUCUCAGAUCGUGCCCCUGGACAAUGCAACAACGAAUUGGACGCCGUUUCCGCCUCUCUUCCAGCAGUGCCGAUGUCCCCUUCUAGGUCAGCACCGGUUUCCCCGCCUCAUGAUACGGUCUGCAGGUGCUUGUGAGUUGUCUGCUAGGUGUUGUUUAAGUGUCACAGACGACGUGUUGUCUCCUGGCAUCUGGAUUAGCUGUCGACUGCAAAUAAAAGCACGAGGGAGGCUGGAGUGACUGCAGACCGGUGACAAGAACCACUCUUCAGUUCUGCUAUUCGUGUAUUGGAAGUACAUAUCCUCUAUCCAGGUAGGAGGUAGAGGUAAUUUCUCCCCUAAUGCAUGUGUCAUGCGUGCCUUUUUUGGCCACACAAAGUCACUAACUGUCCUCAUUAGUAACUGCAAGUUGAACCACUACGAAGUGGCAUUUGCAGAAAUAUUGUGUUGCUACUUUUCUUAGUUGUAAUCCUGUGAACCAUUUAAUUAAACGGAUUACCAUUCCCUUUCCUAUAUAAAGGAUAUGAUUGAUGUGAUGCAGUAAUUCUUUCAUUUCCAUUACUAGCAAGUAAACAUUUACUAGUUCAUACUGAUGCAUAACUUUAUGCACAUGGUAAUUAAAAAAGAAACCAUUCGGAGAAUAGCAGUCCACGGUAGUCAGCUCCUAUUUCCACUAUAGUGGUUGGGUUGCUGUUUUCCUCAUCCUUCCCGGUGCGCGACAACCCAGCCCACAUAUUGCUGUCGUUCGCACCCCAAAAUAGCUUUGGCUCUUCCUCAAGCAACCAUUUGGAGAACCUUUUGGUGUUUUUUCUGCUGGUGAUUGAUUUUAGCAAUUUGUAGCUAUCUUGCGUAUUGAACCUGAAAGUUCAAGAUUGUUGUAGAUUCAAUUCUUGUAGUACAAAUGUCCCAGAGUUUAGUGACAUCUCUAAUUGAUGUAGUGUGGUCCUGCAUCUCCAAUGUAUGUUGCUCAGCAUCCUCCCAAUCUGCUCAAUAUCGUCCUGCUCCGGAGCAUGCUUCAGUUCAACAAAAAUCUCCAGAAAAUUUCAGAGUACAGAGUACUUUGCAUUUGUGGGCUAAAGUAUAUUUUUUUUUGUAAUUCUACAUCAUAAUCACCUAUAAUAUUAGCUUAUGUCCUCCAUCAUUAUUCUGAUUGCCGUGUAUACUGUACUCCCACCAUCCCCAGGUAGAGAACUGCGUGUUACACUUGCACCCUUCAGAUACAGAUAUUAGUACAUACAGUAUGUGAGGAGCAUGCAGUUUCUUAAUCUAAUAAUGCGCUCCAUUGAGUUAUUCUCCUUAUGCUAUGUUUGUGAUAAUGUGAGGAAGAUCACAGGAAAGUUACUGUGUUGUAUGAGUGUACACACAUUUGUUUGUUCGUGAAUUAAUUACAUGCGUUUCCUAAAAAGAUUUGUUGGCAGUACUUGCUUAUAUGUUGAAGAUUUCUGCUGGAAACGAGUUCAUUAUGUUGCCCCUGGACUUGUAGACGGAGUGUUGGCAAAGACAGCUAUGGAGAGGAAACUGUCGAUGGUGAAGAAUUGGGAGCCAGAAGAGCAAAGCCGACAGCAUGUGGCCCAAACUCUAGCUCAACUGAACUUUGCAUAAAUAAAUCCUCCUCUAUCUAUGGGUGUUUGGCCAAUCUUCUAGUUCAGGGCCUUAACUGAACUUAAUUGGAAAGAUGGUGUGCUGUAGGGCCGAGCAGAAGAUGUCACAAAUGUUGUUGGGUCAUGGCGGAACACCAAGUAGAAGGCGGUCCUUGAUGUGAAGCUCUGAAUGCCAGAGGUCUCGACUCUGAAUCUGGACCUUGCGUAGUUGCCUUUUUUGUGUUAGCUAGAUCAUUACUAGUGCUCAGUAGUACGACAAGUAGUAGUACUGAUCAGUACGACUUACACAAUACUAGUACUGAUCAGUACUAUUUUUAAUGUUAAAAGUAACAUCCAUACAGUAUUGACGAGUCAUACUGACAAGGAUGCUGUCUACAAUUCUAAACUUAUUGUUGACUCGUACUAGUUCUGAUGAAAUGGGAAGCAAGUGUCACAUGAAUCCUCAA